AUGCGCCUCGCGACCGCUGAGAAGAGCUGCUGGUUCAUCGCUGACUUUCAUGGCGUGUUCAACGUCGUGUUGCGGUUGAGCGGUGGUGAGCUCCGCGGUCAGCAUCUUCAAAACAGGAACAAUUCCGAGCCGAUCCUGGGGGCUCCCUGGGGGCUCAGUCCCCACGGCGGAGCAACUUCAAAGUUCAACUUGAACUCUCUGCUCACACGCAGGAUGAUGCACCGGCUUCAGAGACCGUUACAUUCAAAUCCGAUUCGGACUGAGGUCCCAAGGAACUGGUCCUCUGAUGUGUACAGAACGGAUGACGACAGCCCUCCGCGGCAAACAGCUGCGACCACUGCUGAGGGCUGGAUGAACGGGGGUAAGACGCAUGGGCACGCCAAAACUGCACGAGGAUCUUGACUGGCUCAUGCCUGUCUGCAUUGUUGUCUCUGUCCGCGUCUUUUCCCUCUGCAGCUGCUGCGCCAAAUUGGAGCGGCGGUGUGGAUGUUGAUCUGGCGGUGCAGAUGCUCGCGAAGCAGAAGGCCCCCGGCACGGCGAGGCUGUUCACAAAGGCAUGCAGGAUGAGCAGAGAUCCAUUCAUCGGGGGUCUGUUGAUGGAGAUCGUGUGUUUGUGA